AUGUGCUGGGGAGCGAUGACAAGAAAUGUGGUCGGUCCACUUGAGAUGAUCAAUUCAACCAUGAAGUCUCAGCGAUACAUGGGAAUACUUGAGCAACGUGGAUCAAUUGACUACAAUGGAUAUGGAGUGUUACCAAUGGCAAUUGACUUGAACAUCGAGCUUCUUGUAGCACCGACAACUCAAUCAAGAAUUGAGUUCCGAAAUUGCCAGCCUGAUAAAUACAAG